AUGUGGUACUGCCGUACUGCCACUCUGCUGGCCUCGGCGUGUCUUGUCGGCGCGCUGUCAGCCAACGCGCUCUGGCCCCAUCCGACGAACUACACCGCCGGCAAGGAUGACACCUUCGUUCGCAUCUCCAGCGAUCUCAGCUUUCAGCUUGUCGAUGGCACCGACCAAUCGCGUGUCCCCGACGACCUCACCCAAGCCAUCACCGAUUCCGCAAAACUGGCCAACACGAUCGAUGUAUGGGAGCUCACCCCGGACCGAGGAGAAAGCCACCGGGAUGGCGUCGGCAAGGCUGCUCUCAUCGCCAGCGUUCAGAUCAAGGUGCUCGAACUUAUGCCGGAGACGACUCCCAAUCUCUGUGUCGAGCCUAGCAAGAGCGUUGGGACGGUGGAAAACAGUAUGCUUCAGCUUCGAGCACUGCAACAGCCGUUCCAGGGUAGAGGCGACGCAAUAGACGAUCCGCUGCAAAACAGGCAGAGCGAGAACGAGGAAUACAUCGCCGUCGAGGACAACCGCUCAAACGUCUGGAGCAACGCAUGCAGCAUCUCCAGCCGCGCUAUCAAGCAAUUGAGCUACAACGUCUCGUCGAAGCCGCUCAACUUGGAGACGGAUAAGAGUGCGCCUUCCGAUCUGGGAAACCUGGAUGCUGAGAUGUACCGACUCUCUGUGCCUUCCGACGGCGCCUCGAUCCAGCUCACCUCUUAUACUUCGAUCGGUGCCUUGCGCGGUCUUCAGACCUUGAUGCAGCUCAUCUACGCUCUUCCUCCCCUACAAGGCGGCAAAGUGCAGAGCCAGCAUUACAUCUCCAACGUGCCAAUCACCAUCGAGGACCGUCCAGGAUACCCUUACAGAGGUCUGAUGCUCGACACCGCCCGCAACUGGUUCGACCUCGCGACGAUCCGCAAGCUCAUCGACUCCAUGUCGUUCGUCAAGCUCAAUCAGCUGCACUGGCAUGGUACUGAUACGCAGUCGUGGCCGCUCGCCUUCAACAAAGAUGGCAGUGACCCUGACCUCAGCGUGCUGGCAGAGACGGGUUCGUACGGAUGGUAUCAGAGUGAAAACGGGACGGUGGAGAAGAUGGUUUAUACGGAAGAAGAUGUCGAGUACAUCGUGGGAUAUGCUGCGGAGAGGGGAAUCAACGUGAUCAUCGAAACGGAUAUGCCUGCGCACAUGCUUAGCGGUGUAGAGGCGAUCGACGGUGGAAGUCUUAUGGCGUGCCCUGAGCAGUUGGACUGGAUCACUGUUGCCGCGGAGCCUCCUUCUGGACAGCUGCGUAUCGUUUCGAACAGCACCGAGUCGGACACCACCGACAUCAACACUUUCAAGAUCCCGGAUGCGAUCGUCAAGCUCGUGAGUGCGAUUCUGCGAAAGACUUCCUCGCUGUCCAAGUCGUUGUACGUUUCCUCGGGUGGAGACGAGCCGAACUUCCACUGCUGGAACCUGUCGAGCGAGGCUGCCAUGGAGCCGUACCUGCGGCCCUUCAUGGAGCUGGUGACCAAUGUCACCGCUGCUGCCGGCAAACGUGGCUUGGUAUGGGAAGAGAUGGCCGUGAAGUUCCCCACCGUCGCCAAAACCCUCGCCAAAGGCUCCCUAGUCGAAAUCUGGAACGAUCCCAACAACUCCGCCAUCGCUCUCAAAAACAAUCCGGACAUCAACAUCGUCCUCGCCCCCUACACCUACUCGUAUCUCGACUGCGGAGGCUCCAACUUCCUCGGCAACUACACGGGCAACAACUGGUGCCCCUACGUCUCCUGGCAGCAGGCCUACUCGUUCGACCCUUCCGCCGUCAUCGCCAACGCCACCGCCGUCCUGGCAAAGGACGAGAAGCUGGUUCGACAGAGCUUUGUGGGUGGAGAAAUGGCGGUGUGGACCGAGCAGAUCGACAGGACGAACCUGGACUCGAGGGUUUGGCCGAGAGCUGCGGCGGGCGCGGAGAUCUGGUGGACUGGCGAGACGGUGGGCGGUAAGAAGAGGGACAAAGUGGAGGCGUUGAGCAGGAUUCUGGAUUUGAGGUGGAGGCUGGUGGCGAGGGGGGUGGGCGCGGAGCCGUUGCAGCCGCAGUGGUGCGCGACCAGGCCGGGAGGAUGCAACAUGCAUUGA